AUGGUGAAGACACUUGAUCAACGCUACGUAGUUCCAAGCCGCAAAUAUUUCGCUGAAGUGGAAAUGCCUAAACUGCAUGACAAGAUCCGAGGUCAAGUGGAGCAGGAGCUCCGCCACAUUAAACAUUACGCAACCACCACGGAUUUGUGGUCGAGUCGCACUAUGGACCCCUAUAUCAGCCUUACUAUACACUAUAUUAAUAAUACCUGGGAAUUGUGCAGCAAAUGUCUGCAGACAUCUUAUUUCCCUGAUGACCACACAGGGGAAUUGAUUGCCCAGGGUCUCAGGGAAGCUCUGGAGUCGUGGGGACUCGACGAGGAGCUGCAAGUUUGCAUCACGACUGACAACGGUGCUAAUGUUGUGAAAGCGGUCAAGUUGAACGAUUGGAUACGCCUCCAGUGCUUUGGCCACAGGCUUCACCUGGCCAUCGUUUUGUCAACAGAGGCGAGUGUGAAGAUACCAGAGAUUGAGCGUGCAGUUCGGGUGUGCAAGAAGAUUGUCAGUGCAUUUUCUUACACACACAAGAGGAGGAAGGCAUUGGCCAAAGCUCAGGCUGAGCUACACCUGCCUCAUCAUCGCCUCAUCACAGAGACUCCAACAAGAUGGGGGUCGCGGCAACAGAUGAUCGCACGAGUGCUGGAGCAAGAGAAAGCCAUUGCACAGGUCCUCAAAGAGGAUAAAAAAACCAGGCACCUGCUUCCAACUUGGCAGGACCUUGAUGGCUUGGAGUCAGUGAACAAGGCCCUGAGUCCACUCGUGGAGUUUAUUGAUGCACUGUCUGGCGAAGACUACGUGUCGUAUCUAAAACCGGUGCUUCAUGUCCUCAAUACCACGGUUCUGGCUGCCGCAGAGGAUGACACAAAAGUAACAAAGCGUAUAAAGGGAGGCAUUUUGCAAUACUUAAAUGACAAGUAUGAUGAUCCUGCCACUGAUGACCUGCUAGAUAUGGCCUCCCUGGUCGAUCCACGCUUCAAGAUGGCAUAUAUCGCAGACCACCGCAAAGACUAUAUCAAAACAAAAGCAAUGGCAGAAAUGCAGGCCCUUUUGGAGAAAAAGACACAAGCACAAACAUCAUCCAUGCAAGCAUCAUCCACGCAAGCAUCAUCAUCCACACAUUCACCAACACAUAGCAGCACAGGGCCUGCAGCUGCAGAAGUUGUGGAGGCCAAGCGGAUGAAGCGCAGCCUGGGCAGCUUUUUCAAAAAGGAAUCCAUUCCUGGCCCAGCUGCUCUCCCUGACAGAGAAGCCAUUGACAUUGAGCUACAAAGCUACCUGCAGGCCCUGGAGGUUGAUGGAGAGGCCAACCCAUUAGACUGGUGGAGGCUGCACGAGGCAAAUUUUCCAAGAGUGGCAAGCCUGGCACGGAAGUACCUGUGUAUUCCGGCCACCAGUGCACCAUCAGAAAGGGCAUUUAGCACUGGUGGCAAUAUUGUUACAUGCCACAGAGCUGUACUAAAGCCUGAGAAUGUGGACAGGCUUGUCUUCCUGGCUAAAAACCUGCCAUAA